AUGGAAUCAUCCUUACGUGUGAGAAAAGGUGCAUGGAGUGAUGUUGAAGAUGAACUUCUCAGGUCCUGUGUACAAAAACAUGGAGAAGGAAAAUGGAACUUGGUGCCUAAAAGAGCCGGCUUGAACCGAUGCCGCAAAAGCUGUAGAUUGCGUUGGUUGAAUUAUCUAAAACCAACCAUCAAGAGGGGAGAGUUCACCGAGGACGAAGUUGAUAUGAUGACAAGAUUGCAUAGACUUUUGGGAAACAGAUGGUCCUUGAUUGCUGGAAGACUUCCUGGAAGAACUCCAAACGAUGUGAAAAACUACUGGAACACUUACAUUAGGAAGAAGGUAUCUGCUGAUCAAAAGAUGAAGGGUGAGGAAACAGUGAAACCUCACAUAGUGAUAAAGCCUUGGCCUCGAACAUUCUCAAGAACUUGUUCACCUUGGUUAAGAGGAAGAGUCCUUCAAAGUGGGGUCUCUGCUAAACCAUGUGAGGCUGCUUCAGAGUGUAGUAAAUGGAGGACUAUGAUGGAUGACGAAGGAAUAAGCAACAUAGAAAACGAUAAAUGCUGUUUGGAUGACCAAGAUCGAAAUAUUGGAAAGCUCUUCACAGACAUUAAUUGUGGUGAUGAGGAGCUUACUUCGUUCACCCCGCAAGGGGAUGAUUUUCCUAUCGAAGAUCAAAGUUGGAGUGAUUUUCUCCUUCAAAUUAAUUUUUGGGAUUCCUGA